ACUUAGCACCACUCUCAGCUUGGCUCAGCUGCUCGCCUGAGGCUCAGACAAACUGCCUACAGUGGAUAUUCACCAGGAGUAUGUCUAUGGAGUGUUUUGUGUUUUUUGGGAUCUUGACCUUCCUGUUGACGACAAACAGAGCAGAUGCUUUGGACUGUCUUUUGGGGGAGAGCUGCGUCUUACCGUGCAGUUUUCAGCCUGGUGCCGAAGUGAUCGUCCACUGGAUUCAGUUAGCUGACUCUCCAGCCCACUCCUACUACCACGACCAGGACCAGCUCGGCCACCAGAACCCUCGUUUCAGCGGCAGAACCUCGCUGUUCAAGAACCAAAUCUCCGGAGGAAAUGCCUCGCUCCUACUCUCAGGGGUGAAGGUUGAGGAUGAAGGCAGAUAUAAGUGUUACACCAGCACCGUCGAUCACAAUAAAGAGACCAUCAUCCACCUAAAUGCAUACGCUCCGGUCCGUAAAGUGGAACUUCAGCAGGACGGAAAAAGGAUCACCUGCAGCUCAGAGGGGGUCUACCCUAAGCCGGCGAUCAGCUGGUCCACGGACCCCCCGUCUAACCAGAACCUGCCGGAAAACAUCAAAGUGCAGCAGAUUGGACAGCUUUAUAACAUCCUCAGUUAUUUUACCUCAGUUCCUGAUGUGGAGUACAACUGCACCGUCAGCACAGGCAUAAACAAGAUGGCAGCCACUUUGUUUAAACAAACUUCUCUUAGUGGAUCCAGCGCAGAAACAACAAUGCGCUGUACCUCUUCAAAGAGUACUCCAACAGGCAUCAUCUGGAGGUUCAACCACAGUCAGAUCAUCGUGAGUGAUGGGUCAGUGAUGGAGGAGUGGAGGCAGCAGGUGAAGAGUGUGUCUACGUCCGGAGACCUCACACUGAAGGAUUUAUCGACAGAUCACGAUGGGAUCUACACCUGUGAGCUCCGUAAUGCUGAAGGGACAUACGUGACCAACACCUUCCUGAGGAUAGAGCACAGUCAAGGGAAUGUAUCCAAUCUAAUAUACAUAGUGAUUAUACCCAUUGCUAUUGCAGUAGCUGUUGGUAUGCUGAUCUACUGUGAAAAGAAAAAAGUAUGUUUCUGGAGCAGCAAAGAACCUGGAGAAUCAGGAAGAACCAGAAGAACUGAAUGUUAUGAAUACAAAUUAAGACUAGCAGUAAAAACAAAAAACAGCUCAAGACAAAACAAUCCUCUCCACAAAGGAUUCAUUUGGAUGUGCUUCUGGUUUUGUGAACCACCACCUUUUUGUCCUCCAGUUUCUAUCCAAUAUGUUUUCAAAGCUCUGCACUACAAUAUGCUUUUCUGGAAGGACUCCGGUUAUGAAGUAGAGCAAGUUAGUCUUACUGAUGUCCUUAGACUAGAAACGGUAAAGAAGAAGUUGUAAAAAUAGACUCACAGAGGAUGUCGGACUACAAUAGAAGUGUGUCUGCUCUGUAAAAAGCAGACACAUUUUUAUAUAUGCAGGAAGGUAGUUAACUAUGGUGCUAACAUAUUGAAAUUAAGGCAUUGUGACUGUAUACACUUUAGCAGCUAAAAUGGCUUUAAAAUGACAUAAAAGGCCCUGAGAUUGUGAUGUUUCAAUUAGCUUCUCACUGUUGCAAUGGGGUUAAACUUGUUUAUGCUUUUUUUGUGUUAAUAUUCCAACCUCCAUGAGAUUAUGUAUGUAUUUGGGUGGUUUUGUUGAAGUGUUAAACUGUGGUACUGCUUGUGAAGUUUUAUUAUUGUUUUUUUGGUUUCAACUUGUAUAUAAUAUUUGCUCGGAAUUAUUCCCUCUUGUCUCCGUUGAAUUUAUUGGUAAAAGUAAUGUUUUGUGUGAUGGGUUCAAACCUCAUAUAUGGCAACUAUUUAAAAGAUAAGAAACAAUACAUUUAACAUGUAUGGAGUGAUAUGAAGGAAAAUCCAGAAUCCCCCUCUGCAAAAACCUUUGACUAUAAUGUGUCAACAAAAUAAAACAAGAAUUUCGAACCUGAA